UCUCCUGUCUUCUUCAUCAAUCACCUGGCCUUGCUUGCCUAGUAGCAACACCGCAUGGGCACAUGGCGUUUUAAGUCUUGCUACUUGUUCCAUCCAUCCAACAGAAAAAGAAGCGAUGUUAACAAACCCAAAGCAACCACUUUCUUCUCCUGUUUUCUCCUCCAAUUCAUACCAAAAUAUAACCCCACAAUCCCAAUCAGGCAUCAGCCACAUAUAUGGCUAAAAGCUCAAGAGAUCCAUCAGAAGAGAUGAAGUUCAAAACGAUGCAGUACCCACUCGACGUGAAGGUCAAGUUCCUGUUGAUGAUCGGCGUUCUUUUGGCAUUCCUCCUCCUCGUCUUUAUAGUAAAUUCAAACUCGUCAUCACCGGCAGCAUACCAACCUCCCAGCGCACAGCUCGAAUCUUGGAAAGCAUCAAGCGUCUUUAGUAAAGAAGUAGUUGUUGUACCAUCAACAUCCUGUCCUCCCUCCUCCUCCUCCUCAUCAACUUCAUCUUGUUCUAAAAUCCCACCCUCACUAGCCCAGGCUCUCAUCCACUACUCAACCUCAAACGUCACUCCACAGCAAACACUGAAAGAAAUUUCCGUAACAUGGAAAGUCCUGGAGAAGAGGUCCCCCUGCAACUUCUUGGUCUUUGGCCUGGGCCACGACAGCCUAAUGUGGAGCGCCCUCAAUCAUGGUGGGCGUACAGUUUUUCUGGAAGAAGAUAGGGCAUGGAUCGAUCAGAUCAAACAGCGGUUUCCGACCUUGGAAUCUCAUCAUGUGGUUUAUGAUACCAAGGUUCGACAAGCAGAGGAUUUAUUGAAAGUUGGCAAGAGAGAGGAGUGUGCAGUGGUGGGUGAUCCAAGAUCUUCCAAAUGUAGGCUCGCUUUGAAGGGAAUGCCGGAUGAGAUUUAUGAGAUAGAAUGGGAUUUGAUCAUGGUGGAUGCACCGACCGGUUAUUUCGAGGAUGCACCGGGGAGGAUGACUGCCCUCUACACGGCCGGAUUGAUGGCUAGGAAUAGGAAGGAUGGGGACACAGAUGUGUUUGUGCAUGAUGUUGACAGACUGGUGGAGGACAAGUUUUCCAGGGCCUUUUUGUGUGAUGGGUACAUGAGGGAACAACAAGGCAGACUAAGGCAUUUCACAAUUCCAAGUCAGACACUGGGAGCCAGCCCUGGUGAUGGGCUCUUCUGUCCUUAGCUUAGCUUAUCUUCUGCAAAGAUAUUUGGGUGCUCUCAAUGGUUUUCUCUGCCUGCAAUUUGAGGGUUUUGGGUGUUUUUAGUCCAGUCCUUUUACAAAGAGAAAACAUAAGAACCUUUCCAAUUUUAUAAUUUUUACCUUGUAAUGCAGUUGCAAACCUUUUCUUCUCUUUAGUUUUUGGCUAAGAAUUGCUGAUAUUUUAUGCCCACGAGGGAGAGUGUUGGAGGCCCAAGUCUCAUCCCCCUAUGUAUUACUAUUAGCGAAGUUUUCUCCUCA